CAUGUUUAUAUAUAUAUUUGCAAUUGUCGACGGUGAAAUUAUGCCUAUUAUUUUCUCUUCCUUUGCUUAGCAAAUAAAAGAAAGUUAUGUUUCAAUAAAAGAACUAUUGGAAAUUUUUAUAUUAGACUUUUUAAUUCCAGCUUUAAUUUUGAGUUAAGUUUUAGUGGUAUUGUUCUUAUAAUCCUUAUUGCACUUAAUUCAAUAAAUCAAUAAAAAAGUUGGAAUAUUCAUUUUCAAUAUUGUUCAAAGUUAAUUAAAGAUUUAUAAAAGAAAAAUGUAAUUUGAAAAUCAACCUAAAAACCUUAGAUUUUUCUUAUUAUUAGGAUUUAAAAUGAGAGAAAAUACUAGCAUGGGUGAGAGUCAUGCUUGCUUCAAUAGAAAAUGUAUUAGAAAUAGAUCAAGCAUAAAGAGUCUUUUUUGUAUGGGAUUUGAAAUUAAUGAUUUUAUCAGAUGCCUAAUAGUAAGUCCAAUUUAUUAAUUAAAAUUUAAUUGUUAUUUAGACGAAGUAAAUCCAAUCAUAUUUGUUAUUUUAACCACAUAUUAAAAUAUUGCCCAGCAAGAUUGCAAUUUAUAAAUAUAAAUAGAAGCUAGAGAAUGAAAAACAUAGAAUUUGUUGGUGAAAGAAAAGACACAUUCAGAGCCUUUUCUUACUCCUAUUUUUAAUAAUAAAAACAUAAGAGUCUUUUAUUCAAUUGUAGAGGUAAAAAAAGAAAUUAAUUUUAAAC